AUGGCAAGAGCGAGAGGAAACCAGAUGCUGUGGCUCGUCUGCGCCGUCGCUUCCAUGCUCUGCGUCUCCUCCCCCGCCGAGGGAGGCGUCGGUGUAAACUGGGGGACCAUGAUGUCGCACCAGAUGCUACCCACGGCGGUGGUGGCGAUGCUCAAGGCCAACGGGAUCAAGAAGGUGAAGCUGUUCGACGCCGACCACUGGACGGUGAGCGCCCUCGCAGGGUCGGGGAUCGAGGUGAUGGUCGCCAUCCCCAACGACCAGCUCCGGCGGAUGACCAGGUACGACAGUGCGAGAGAAUGGGUGAAGCAGAACGUCACCCGCUACAGCUUCCGCGGUGGCGUCAACAUCAAGUUAGGGUUUCCUCCACGUCUGCGUCUGUCUUCUUCCUCUUCUUGUUCUUCUUUGUCUUCUUCUUCUUCUUCUUCCUUUUCUUCAUCAUCGUCAUCGUCUUCUUCAUCUUCUUGUUGCCCUGUGAAACCCUUACGUUCGUCCCUCUUGGCUUGAUUCAGAUACGUGGCGGUGGGGAACGAGCCGUUCCUGAAGAGCUACAAUGGCUCGUUCUUGAAGACGACGCUGCCCGCCCUGAAGAACAUCCAGAGGGCUCUGGACGAGGCGGGGCUGGGGAGGAAGAUCAAGGCCACCGUCCCCCUGAACGCCGACGUCUACGACUCGCCGGCGGAGAAUCCGGUGCCCUCCGCCGGCGACUUCCGCAGGGAUAUCCACGAGGUCAUGCUGCGGAUCGUCAAGUUCCUCCGGGCCAACUCCGCGCCCUUCGUCGUCAACAUCUACCCCUUCCUCAGCCUGUACCAGAACCCUCACUUCCCCUUCGACUUCGCCUUCUUCGACGGCUCCCGCAGGUCCUUCUCCGACCGGGGGAUCCGCUACACGAACGUCUUCGACGCCAACUUCGACACUCUGGUCUGGUCCCUGAGGAAGGCCGGCGCCGGGGACCUGAAGAUCAUCGUCGGCGAGGUCGGCUGGCCCACUGACGGCGACAAGAACGCCAACCCUGUCAAUGCCCGGAGAUUCUACGCCGGCAUGCUCAGGAAGCUCACCGGCAAGAAGGGGACCCCUCUCCGGCCGGGGAAGAUCGACGUCUACUUCUUCGGACUGAUUGACGAGGACCUGAAAAGCAUCCUCCCGGGGGCCUUCGAGCGGCACUGGGGGAUCUUCCGCUACGACGGGAAGCCCAAGUUCCCGAUGGAUCUCCAUGGAAGGGGACGCGACAGGUACCUGGUGGCGGUCAAGAAGGUGGAGUAUCUGCCGGCGCGGUGGUGCGUAUUCAACGAGGAGGCGAAGAACCUGAAGCAGCUGGCGGCGAGCGUGAACUACGCCUGCUCUAAUGGCGACUGCACCUCGCUGGGCUACGGGUCCUCCUGCAACAAUCUCGGAGCUCGAGGGAACAUCUCCUACGCCUUCAACAUGUACUUCCAGAUGCAGGAUCAGGACGUCAGGGCCUGCGAUUUCCAGGGUCUGGCGAAGAUCACGCCCAAGAACGCGUCCAGGGGGGGCUGCCUGUUCCCGGUGCAGGUCAUGAGCGGCGGACGGCGAGCGGCGCCCGCCGUCCUUGUCCCGGUGCUGACGACGAUGGCUCUGGCCAUUUCCUGGUACAUUUUCUAG